UUGAUUGUAUACACCUGUGUCCAUGGAGGGGAUUGGAACACCUGAAUCACAUGAUAUGGAGGGGAUUGGAACACCUGAAUCACAUGAUUGGGAGGGGAUUGGAACACCUGAAUCACAUGGUUGGGAGGGGAUUGGAACACCUGAAUCACAUGAUAUGGAGGGGAUUGGAACACCUGAAUCACAUGAUUUGGAGGGGAUUGGAACACCUGAAUCACAUGACUAGGAGGGGAUUGGAACACCUGAAUCACAUGAUUGGGAGGGGAUUAGAACACCUGAAUCACAUGAUUGGGAGGGGAUUAGAACACCUGAAUCACAUGAUAUGGAGGGGAUUAGAACACCUGAAUCACAUGAUUUGGAGGGCGGGGCCAAUGCAUUUGGCAAUGUAGUGUAUAUGUG